AUCUUUGCGGAUUAGCCGGGGUUUCGAUUAUCCGGGAAAAUAUUAUAUUUCCCAACCCACCCGGACAAUCUGGAGUCGACUGUAUCAUUUUCUUUUUUCCGCCAUUCGUGCAGUUCGCUUGCUCGUUGCAAUGGAAGCCCGGCAGGUCAUAUAUGAAAUUUAUCUUCUAUAAAUACUAACGCGUAUCUGGUGAUUGUAUGGUUGUUUCAAUUAACACUGACCGCAGGGCUUCAUUUGCUAGGUAGAUGAGAAACAUUUAGGUUUACAUCUCUCGCAGAAUCAGGGAUGGCUCUGAAUGUUAUUAAACCUUCCACGUGUUCUUUGCACGAAAACUAAUAAUGAGCGGGUAAUAUCCGUCUGUCCAUCCGUACAUUCUACUUUACAAACCACAAGGGAUCAAAUAACAUUUGUUAUACUGGUUUCUGCAAAUAAAAGUCCUCAUAUGAAAUCCAUGUUAUUUCGUAUCAGUCCACUGUAAUCAAUACUUUACUUCUUUCUUCGUGGAUUACACAUUUUAACGCCUGUACCAGCCUCAAAAUUCUUUUUUCCAGCUUCAUUUUGUAGGCUUAUACCAAAACUUAGUUCUUGUGAAACAAAUAAUUCGCAUUUAAAAUAUUUCGCGAUGUGAUGUUUGUUUAAAGAAAUGUGAGAUCAAUAAUUUGUUCUUCUGAACUGUUAUAUCGCAUCUGUUAAUUAGCUUUUUCAAUUUAAGAAUUUAUACAGAGCAGUAUCACAGAUCAUUAUUAGCUCUGUCAGUAAGUUUUUCACCUGCAGUAAGUGAACAUCACGACCAAUGGAUAAAGCAAAUGCUCCUCUGCGUAAAUUAAUUCGGACUUCUGUUGCUAAUAUUUAAUACUCUGUAAAAUGAAUAGUUACAAAUGGGUCUAGAGGUGACUACAUUUCUCUUCCAUGCCUUUAUGUAUGUAUGCUAUAGGAGUAAACAUUUGUUAUUCGCCACUAAUUCCUUACAGGCUCUAGGACCCAGUUAGCGACGUAUCCAGUCGGUACUAAGGGAUCUUUCCUCGGGAGUAAAUCCGAAGGAGCGUGAAAAUGACCAUUCGUCUCCAUUUAAUGUCGAGAGUGUGAAUAUGUGGAUCUUUACCUCCACUCCUCCACAUGUCUUCAUAGUGCGUGCUUAACUUCUGGUCAUUGUUCUUCCCCCAGAAUACAAGACACCGUUUUAAAACCACCCAAACAACAGGCAAAGUGAUUGCUUUCCAAACAUUCAUUUCUCAAUUCCGCAGUGAAGUUGGCUUGUGCUGUGGAACAUAUCGGUUGCCCCGCAACCUAUUGGGUGGGACGGGCGGAGAAGGUUACGUCACGGUGUCCCCAUUGGUGGGAACACUUGUUAGCGCCAGAUGUACCUCACUUGAUUCAUCCGAGGAGCCACACCACGUCACUAUAAAUAUUCACUCCCAACAAGUGACCAGCACAUUUCACCACCACCGCUGGACGUCUUCCACUUUCGACCACAGCCAUCGAUACGUCAGGAGCCGCAGUGCAAAUGGAGUGGAAGAAGGAGAUGACACUGGUCCUCUACUUACUGGUUGUCAUGGCAACAGCGGCCUGGGCCUCCUCCAAAGAGAUUGCUCAAGAACUUAUGGACAGCGACAAGGCAGCUGAACGGGCUAAGAGAUGUGUUAAUACUGGCGAUGACAGCUGUGCCAACGGCUACAUUCCUGGAGCUGGAGCUGAUGAUGAUUAUUUUAGUGGUGGAAACACCCCAGGAAAGAGAGCGACAUUGGAUACCCUGAAUCCUCAAGAACUCCGCACAGCCUGGCAGAAAUGUCUGAACACUGGCGAUGACAGCUGUGCCAACGGCUACAUUCCUGGAGCUGGAGCUGAUGAUGAUUAUUUUAGUGGUGGAAACACCCCAGGAAAAAGAGCGGCAUUGGAGACCCUGACUCCUCAACAACUCCGCAGAGCCUGGCUGAAAUGUCUGAACACUGGCGAUGACAGCUGUGCCAACGGCUACAUUCCUGGAGCAGGAGCUGAUGAUGAUUAUUUUAGUGGUGGAAACACCCCAGGAAAGCGUUCUGUCUCAAGUUUUGACGUGAAGCGCCACUGCCUCUUGUUUCCAAUGAGUCCUGUCUGCAGAAACUUGUAGUCGAAGACAAGAGGGCGUCACACCUUAAGGCAGUAAUCACGUGGAAGUCGCGGUGCUUUUCAAGACUGUUCCAGUAUUAUAUGAACCAAUUUCAAUUCACAAUAUGGGUUCUAUGCAGGGUCUAACUAUAUAAUGUUUGUUAUUAAUUAGACAAAGAAUUUCAUUCAUAAAAUAAUAAUGUAUGUCAGUAAAAUCUAAGUAAUAACAUAAUCAUGUGAAAUUUG